AUGUUACCGUAUUUUAAGGUGGCGGAAAAUAAAUUGUUCGGUUAUGCUGUUUCCAAUCCUAGCAUUCUUCAAGAGACCCUUUGGCCCCGCCUCCGCUACCAUGGUGAAAGGAAAGAAGCGUAUUGGAGAUUUCUCGGACUUACCCCACGAAAAUCGCCCAGAAAGCAUCAGCCGGUAACCCCGAAGCGAGAGCUAUCCCUAAUGUCAACCGACAUUGAUCAUGACUGGAGCACCCUCGAAGCCAGUGCCAAACUAAGGGUAGAAGCCUACAAUCCAGCAAGCCGACCCUCUGAGGACAAAUUGAAAUCCAGCUUAAUUGCUUUGAUCAAAUGGCUGCCCCAAGGUGGCAGAGAUUCUCUGGCGCGCGAUAUCCUUGAUUCGAAGACUGAUGAAGAGCUGCACGCUGUCUUCUUCAACUUGCUCACCGGUCUCACAGCACUGAGAAUAGUGAGAGCGAGGACUCGGGCCCCUACUGUUACAUCAUCGCCGAUCCCUAAACGCCAGGAUAAUUUAGAUGCGAUAGACGGAAGUCUCGAAAAUCAAAACCGGUCUGACACAUUCCGAGAUGCUUGCUUUCUCCGCGACGGGUAUCGCUGUGUUUUGUCUAGGCAGAUGGACAACGAUUACUUCAAUUCCAUCAAAGAUGACCCGGAGGUGGACCCAGACACCGAUGAUGCAGCCUGCAUCGGUGCUCAUGUAAUCCCAUUCUCCUAUGCGCAUUGGAAAGCUGGAGUCCUUUUCCGAUGUUUUCCGACUCUCCGGAAGACUUGCUUUACUUCUAAGUCCAUUAAUAGUACCUACAAUGGUCUAACAUUGACCCUCGCGAUGCACAGAGAAUUUGGUACUUUCCAAAUCGCUUUUAAGCCCACAGAGGAUCCUGAUGUCUAUGAAAUCAAAACGUACAGCAAAUGCACUAAUUCUUGCAAGAAGCAAUUGCCCAAAGACCGCAGAGUGACCUUUACGCUUGAUACCAACAUCUCCCACCGAGAAAUGUUGAAGUAUGACUUGACUCUGCCUUCCCGGGACCUUUUGGAAUGCCACUGGCGCCUUGCGGAAGUAUUGAACAUCUCCGCAAUGGCGGAGGUUGUGGAGCUCUAUUGGAAGGAGUGGGACAAGGCUAAGGUUACUGCACCCCGGGAAUUGGACAAGUACGGAAGGACCAACAUUGAAGAUUUCCUGCAACGGGCUUUUUGGGAGCACCAAGUUUCUGGCUGA